UUUUCUCUUACUUUCUUUCCUUUCGCUUUUCAUUUGCGUAAAACAUGGCAGCUCCCCAGAGCACGCGAGAGCAGUUGCUUCUACUUGUCGAUGACAUCGAAAUAAUUGCUAAAGAGCUGUUUGAAAACAUCAUUGCUCCGAAGAAUCAACGACUGUCAGCGGCAGAACAUAGUCAGCUUGCCGAAUUGCUAGUUUCAAAGGACGAAGAGCUGAAACAGACACUGGUGAUCGCUGCAGGACAGGCAGAAGUACAGAAGACGAUAAACAGCCUCCAAGAAGAAGUAGAAAAGCAAGACCACGACAUCCACUUGCUUCAGUGGCAGCUGAAAGAAGCGGAACAUUUGCUAUCUACAGCUAUAUAUCAGGCGAAGCAGAAACUGCAGAGUAUUGAGAAAGCAAAUGCGAGGGCAGUCUCAUCUGAAGAGCUUAUCAAAUACGCCCAUCGGAUCAGUGCCAGCAAUGCAGUGGCAGCACCACACAACUGGCAGCAAGGUGACCCACGAAGGCCAUACCCGACGGAUAUAGAGAUGCGACAGGGUUACCUCGGCCGGCUGAGCGAUCUUCCUCUCACAGGGCCACCCCUUCAGCCACAGGGGAGCUUGGGAGACCUGAAUGCUGCUCGUCAUCUUGACCAGAAUCCACUUGGGCAGUCAUUUUCAUGGCAGAUUGGAGGAGACAUCAAGCCACCCAUCUCGAGCAACCACAACUCUGUUGGCAUGGAUGCCAAAAGCAAAGAGAAUGAAGAUGUUGAGGUCAUGUCAACGGACUCAUCUAGCAGCUCUUCCAGUGAUAGCCAGUGAACAGAGACCUAUUAUCAUUUCUCAUUGUACAUAUCAACAAAACGUGUUUUUGAAGAACCUGGCGUGGCAUGGU